CUUGUGUCCAGACCCGGUGCGGUACUUUGGAAUUUUCGAACGUGUGUGGGUGACUUAAGUUGGACUUGUCAGUGUGUGCUACGUAGUGGAGCGCGCUACGCUUCGUAGAAGCCGUCUGAGUAGGAAAGCUCAAGCGAGCACAUGAGCGGUCGGUGACGAGCCAGCACUGCAGCGCCGGAAGAUGAAGCCGCGGGGGCGCGUCAUGCACGCCUUCACUGCGCUUACAAUGCUCACCAUGGCUAAUGCCCAGACGACGUGCAACCAAGGAAUGGGAAGAGUUAUGUACGAACGAUUACCAAACCAGCAACUACAUGGAUUCGACGAUGACGUUGUACGUGACACCGCACCACCGUUCCGAGUUUUGGAAAAGUGUCAGGACCUAUGCUUGCGUGAUCGAUCAGGAAACAGUCUUGUGAGGACUUGCAACUCUAUAGACUUCCAACCCGGAGCCCGAAUUGCUGCGUUCAGUCCCGAACCAGAAUACGAAGAAUCAACAUGCUACUUGACGAGAGAACAAGCCAUGCCUGAAGGCAUCGGAACACUGAUGAUCGUCCCCAACAGUGUGCAUUUCAACGAGAUUUGUCUCACCUCAAAUCGUCCGGAAAGAGAAUGUCCUUCCCGUCGCUAUGUUUUCGAACGUCACGCCCGAAAACGAUUGAAGCUCCCACCUUCAGACCUUAAGGAAAUCAUGGUUGCCAACCGCACAGAGUGUGAAGAUAAGUGUCUGGGAGAAUUCAGCUUCGUGUGCCGUUCUGCUACCUAUGACUCGCAAUUGAGAACUUGUUCCCUCAGUAGGUUCACUAGAAGAACGCAUCCAGAGCUUUUAGAAGAUGACCACAACGCCGACUAUUUGGAAAACACUUGCCUAAACGCCGAACGACGCUGCGACGGUUUAGCAGUUUUCAUCAAGGAAGAAAAUAAGCGUCUUGGUGGGCCUUUUGAAGCUGACGUCUUCUCAAACAUGACUUUAGACGAAUGUCAAUCUAUGUGCGUCCGUGCGGAAAAAUAUUUCUGCCGAUCGAUCGAGCAUGACGCGAUGACGCGACAGUGCGUUCUCUCUGAAGAGGAUUCUGUGUCUCAGAAGGACGACGUGACCGUUAGCGCGUCGCCAACUCAUCACUUUUAUGAUCUUGUUUGUCUCGACAACCCUCGCGGCACGGAGUACCCGGACAACAGCGUGACGUCACACCUGUUCUCCCCGGGCCGGAGGCCGGACACUGCCUUCCAGAGAUACAGGAACAGCAGGAUCACUGGAGAGUUUCAUUCAGAGAUCACUGGACGAUCGUUGAGCGAAUGUUUAGAUGAGUGUUUGAGGCAAACAAGCUUCCAAUGCAGGUCGGCCGUGUACAGCGACCGAGCGAGGACUUGUCGCUUGAGUAGAUACAACCAGAAAGAUGGCAUGCGAUUAUUGUACGAUCCCGAUUUUGACUACUAUGAAAAUCUAAUGCAUCAACUUGUGAGUGGAGAUACCGAAGCAGGGGGCACUCCUGGCGGCUCGCAGGCUCCUUGGGGUCGGCCCGGAACCAGCACAGGUGGAAGUAAUGGCGACCGUGAUCGUGAUCGCGACCGUGACCGAUACCCGCCAGGCGCAGACCGCUACCCUGAUGAUGACCGGUAUCCCGACGAUGACCGGUACGGCGGGCGACCGGACCGGUACCCAGAUGACCGGUAUCCGGCCGGACCCGACGCAUACGAUAGAUACCCAAGCGACCGCUACCCACCCAGCGACAGAUACCCCGAUGACAGAUAUCCUCCCGGUGUCGGCCUAGACAGAUAUCCACCGGCAAUUGACAGAUAUCCUGACAGAUUCCCUGUAACCGGUAGUCGUUACCCAAUAGGACCGGGUGGAGAUCGAUACCCUCUAGACAGUGGACGAUACCCAAUUUACGACUACCCGUCUAACGAUAUCGGAAGAUAUCCUGCCGCAGACCGGUACCCUGUCAGCAGAUAUCCCAUUGACGUAUAUCCGGAUCGAUACCCGGCGGAUCGGUAUCCAGCAGACAGAUACCCGAUUCGGGGCGGCGGGAGGUACCCAUCCCGACCUUGGUACUCCAGCCGUUACCCUGACAGAUUCGAUGACGAUCGCUAUCCUGGCACAAAUGACUGGGGACGGUACCCAUACAGCCGGUACCCGGUAGGCGUAAACCGCGACCCGUUACCGCUGGGCGGUGACCGAUAUCCUGACCUUUAUAACAAAUAUCCGCCGACCGGAUCGUCAUAUCCUGCAGGCUAUGGACGAGGUGGUUACUAUGGCGCCGAUUAUCCAGGACCUGACCGGUAUCCCAUUCCAGAUCGAGGUAUACCCCGUCCAGCCGUUGUCCCAGAAAGAUAUCCACCAGUAGAACCAAGACCAAGUUUCGGUGUAAGACCAGUACGACCUUUGCCUCCAAUACCGGAAAGGCCCGGCGGAUAUCGUGGUAACUACCCACCACCUGGAUUGGAUAGACCGAUUGGAGGCGCGCCUAUAGGCGGAAGUUAUGGAGGAUAUGACGACGGUCCCAUUGGCCCGGUAGGACCAGUUGGUCCCGUUGGUCACGGAGGGGUAGGCCUGGGCAGGCCACCAAUCGUAGGUCAAAGGCCGUGGCAAGGAACUCGGUGCGAAGAAGACAGUUUUAGACAAGUUGGUCGUCAACGUAUGCAACGGAGAUUUGUGCGGCGUUUCACUACCGCACAGUCCUUGGCGCACUGCCAGCGAGAAUGCAUUGAAGCACGAGACUUUAUCUGCCGGUCGUUCAACUUCAGAGAUGUUGGUUUCGGUGGCGAGCCACGCGAUAACUGCGAACUAAGUGACCGUGAUACUCGAGAAUUAGACGCUGCUAAUCCAGCUCACUUUGAUAACACAGCUAACGAAUAUGAUUUCUAUGAAAGAGCUCUUGGUCGUAUUGCUGACGACUGCUUGGAUGUGUCUCAAGUUUGUAAUGAAGAUGGUAUGGAGUUCACUCUACGACUGCCUGAAGGGUUCUAUGGUCGUAUGUACACGUACGGUUUCUACGACCGUUGCUUCUUCCGUGGUAACGGUGGGACUGUUAACGUCCUGCGUAUCUCAGGAGCUCAUGGAUAUCCCGAAUGUGGUACUCAACGGUACGGCGAUACAAUGACGAAUAUCGUAGUUGUACAGUUCAGCGAUAACGUGCAAACUUCUCGAGACAAACGCUUCAAUUUGACCUGUCUCUUCAGAGGUCCUGCCGAGGCUGUCGUAACGUCCAACUACAUUGGCGCAGGGUCUGGCAGUCCAAUUCCCAUCGAGUAUUUACCGGAAGAAAGCUCUCUCAACUCCAAGGUUCGAUUGAUGAUUCUGUACCAAGGACGACCGACAACGACCAUUGCUGUUGGCGAUCCUCUAACAUUCAGGCUCGAGGCUCAGGACGGUUACAACUACGCCACCGAUAUAUUUGCUACGAAUGUGAUCGCAAGAGACCCCUAUUCUGGACGAUCGGUACAACUAAUCGAUCGAGUAGGAUGCCCUGUGGAUCCCGAUGUGUUCCCUGAGUUAGACAAAGGAAGAAGUGGAGACUCCCUCGAAGCUAGGUUCAAUGCUUUCAAGAUUCCAGAGUCUAAUUUCUUAGUAUUUGAAGCAACAGUGCGUACUUGUAGAGAUGGUUGUCAACCGGCAUAUUGUCCAAGCCACACUGGACGAUCGGAACCGUCGUUUGGUCGUCGAAGAAGAGAUGUUAACUCGACUCUUACAGCAGACAACAACAGUACCGCUGAAAUUGAGUCAGAUGACAGCGCUAAAAAGAACAAGUCAGACGACAAAGAGGAGGGAACCGUUUACAAAGUGUCGUAUGAGCAACCAGAUGUCGACAAGUAUUUGAAAGAUGAAGUAGAGACGCCAAGCCACGUGAGAAAGAUGAUUGAGGUGUUCGACAACCGUAACGAGCUUCUAGAAGAGAACGGCCCAGCUGAUUCAGCCCCGGUGGUGGCCGCGGCGGGCGUAUGCGUGUCUCCCUACCACUACCGGGCGUUGUUGGUGGCGCUUUGUGUACUGCUGUCCCUUUUGCUUGCUAUGCUGACGGCUGCCUUGUAUAUCUACAGACGUUAUUGGAGAGUGCUACGUAAGAACAUCCAGGCAUCUAGCCCUGCGCCUGCGCUUCGCCCUGUGACCCCAGGACCACGACCAACGCGGCCAUCGCUGUUUUCCGCUUCUCACUUGCAUAAACCGUUUUCUCUAAGUGGAUUAGGAAGAACCUUCGCGGAAGUGGGUGAGGAGGCUGGUUCGGCGGGACGUUUGGCGAGCGCUUUUGACGACGGCAGUGAACCCAUCUACACCGACCCGUCACUGUUCGAACGCUCCCGGUCACUCCGCUCUCUACACUCUCUUGACCUGAAGCCCGACCGCCGCGACCAUCGCGCGUAAUUCGUGCAAUACGUGCAAAACACAUUCCGUGCAGCCCACGUCACUUAAUCUAACAAAAAGGUUUAAUGUGCAAUUUGAUUUUAAAUACUGCCAUUUAUGUCCAUGCUCAUUUUUCCGUCCGUAGUAUAAUACCAAGACUUUUUACUGUAACUCCAAAAAAUAAUGUACUUAAUUUUAAAAGCAUUUAUUGUAAGUUGGUACUAAUAAAUAUUUACAGUGAUUUUAAUUAA